CCUGACGAGCUUAUCUUUCCGUUCUGUGCGGACGACUGCUGCCCUGGUCCCGCUGACGCAAACAAAGCAAACUUCACACCAACACACUCCGCCAACGACCUGACAGACAAGCAAACUCCAAUGGACAAGCAAACUUCAGGUUCCCAGGCCGUCGUAAAGGCCCUCAAGGGGCAGACCCUUCACGUCCCGAAUCUCUAUGACAUCUUCAAAGGAUGGCCAGUUAAAAAGACCAACCCUCACUAUAAGCGCAUGAUUCCCAUCGUCGAGGAAGCGUUUGACCGGCUCAUCAAGUCGCCCCCUCUCCGUGAGAAAUACCGGGAGGCCAACUACGCCAGAUUCGUCAGCUUGUAUUACCCUCACCCAGAUUGGGAACAGGUCCAGACGCUGGCGCUAUACAUCAUCUGGCUCUUCUGCUGGGACGAUGCGAUCGACCAACAGGGCAGCGACGACCUGAGUAACGAUCUUCUUCGCGCCAAGACUCGUCACGACGAUACGAUAGUAGUGCUAGAAUAUGUGCUCAAUAUUGGCUUUGAUGAUGGCUCAGCUAUACAGUAUGAUCACGCCAAUACUGAGCUGAAGGAGAUUGGAGCCCAGUUACGGAAAGCGUACACCCCAAAAGAGCAGAGACAGACCUUCAUGACUCAGAUGAAGCGAUACAUCAAUAACUGCCACAAAGAGCAGGCUAUGCGUCUUCGGGGCGACUUGCCCGACCUUCAGGCGUACUCAGAGCUCCGUCAUGGAACGGCCGCAGUGUGGACGCUUUGCGCACUCAUCGAAUAUGGUUUGGGAGAGAACAUGCCAGAGCACAUUCGUUACAUGAAAGAGAUCCAGACUAUCUGGGAGGAGACGAGCAGAGGCAUCUGGAUUACCAACGACAUACUUUCUCUCAAGAAAGAGAUUCCCCGUGAUGCCGCCAAGGCAGAGAGCGUCGUGAACGCCGUGCCCAUCCUCAUGGGUGAAGGCAAAUCGCUCCAGCAGGCUGUCGACGCCCUGCUCACUGAGCUCCAGAACUCUGUCGCCAUCUUUGAGCUUGCCGCCUCGGUCCUCGAGGAAGCCGCUGGAGAGAAGAAUCAGGCGAUAAUCAGAAAAUACUGCGAUGCGUGCCGCUGCAUGGUGACCGGAUCAGUCCAGUUCACUCUUGAGUCGACCAGAUAUAAGCUGGCGGGCUGCAUGAACAGGGAUGGAUCGUUGGAUAUCCUGCUUUGAGGAUACGGUGAAGGAUAAGAUCCGGAAAAUGACUCAAGAGACUAGAUCGAGACUGCUUUGGGGCUGCUUUGGGAUGUUGGGCCAGAUACCCUGCUUUGCUGAUUUGCAGAUUGCGGUCUCUAGCUGACUAGAUUCCUAUACUCGCUGUCACUAG